AUGGCCAUACUCGUGAACGCCCUAAAGAGCAAAUUCGAUAUCCACGUUGUCAAACACAUCGACCUCGAGGACCUUUCGAUCGAUAUGACAAGACCCGACCAUUGGUCCACCAUCGUCUCUUCCAACCGCCUCGUUGCCCGUCUGGCCCGUAUCCCUGGAUUCAAGUGGCCUGUUCAGAAGGUUCAGCUUCGAGAGGAAGGCGAGGACGUAGGAAAACUGGAAUCGCCCUUCACCCCCGCCUCAGUAGUCGACGGCGCCAGCGUCACCUCCUCCAUCUUGCCCUGUACCAUGACCAUCUUCCCUACCGCCCAUUCGGCCUUUACCGAUUUCGUCUCGCAACUCGCCACCAAACCUGACCACACUUUUUCUAUCAAGGGCUCGGCGGAUAUUGUGAUCGAUUUAGGACUUUUGGGGAUCCAUACCAUCAACGGCGUCGACUUUAUAUCCGACCUAACGCUGCGGGGGCUGAACAGUCUGCCGGAUUUGGAAUGCACAGAGAUCACGGAGGUGGUGAGGUCUUUGGCGUCCGAGGUGACGGUCAAGGCGCUAUUUGCUAUUAACAAUCCGAGUCAGCUAGCAUUGACGCUCGGAGACCUCCAACUCGCCAUAUGGUCGCCUGCCUCAGAGGACGAGUCGGACAGACCGGAGCAGUUCCUAGGGACUGUCAAACUGGUGGAUCUGAAAUUGGUACAGGGCGUGAACGAGGGUAAGGUGGCGGUGAUGGUUCUGGAUACGACCUUGGAGGCGACUCGAAACUUCUUGAGGGCCACCGAGGCGAGGACCGUGGUUCUGAAAGGGUUCGGGAGUACGAGCGAGAAUGCGGCUAUCAAUGCGGGAUUGAACAAGUUAAGGACGACGGUGUCGGUCCCCGUCUUUUCGGUUCCCGACGCGUAG